AUGAUUCUCCUGUGGGGUUUGUCAGAAGUUCCAGAUAGUGUCUCUGACACAUACAUUUCCAAUACAUUGAGUCAUCUGAAUCCUAAAAUUCAUGAGGCAGGACAGUUUGCUCUGCAGAGAGGAUCUGCUGCAGAGCUCUUGCUUUCUCCUGGCCUCACUGGAACUGGGAGUCUGGACUUUGCCCAGUACAUGGGCAGCAGCAGCCUGCUUAAAGUUUCAAAGACAGAAGAAAACUCCCGUGCUCUGAGCACUGGGGAGAAAAGGUUUGGUUAUAAAGGUUCCUACUUUCUCAGAAUUAUUCCGGGAUUUAUGUGCCAGGGUGGUGACUUUGCACACCAUAAUGGCACCGGCGGCAAGUCCAUCUAUGGGGACAAAUUUGAGGAUGAGAACAUCGUCCUGAAACAUACAGGUCCUGGUAUCCUGUCCAUGGCAAAUGCUGGACCUAACACAAACAGUCCCCAGUUUCUCACCUGUGCUGCCAAGACUGCGAGGUGGGAUGGCAAGCAUGUGGUCUUUGGCCAGGUGACAGAAGGCAUGGAGCGUGUGACAGCCAUGGAGCGCUUUGGGUCCAGGGAUGGCAAGAGCAGCAAGAUGAUCACCAUUGCUGACUUGGACAACUCUAAUAAAUUUGACUGGUGUGUUAUCUUAACCACCAGACCAUUCCUUCCGUAGCUCAGGAACACCCCUUC